AUGACAACAGCACAGUCUUGGACUUAUUUAAUAUUGGUGUGGAUUAUUGCUGAUACAAAUGGGAAAACUCCAGAUGUUCAUGUGACCUGCACGUUUUCAGAAGACUGUGUCCUGCCCUGUGUCUUUGAAGCAGUUGGAGGUGAGACAAUCUACUGGUUCAAACAAAACGUCCUGAUCCACACUUACAAACUAGAGAGCGGGCUGUCGGAUCAACACAACAGCAAGACAUCAUUAUUUACUGAUAUGAUCUCCUCUGGUAAUGCAUCUCUUCAUGUGCCAAAAAGUGGCCCGCAGGAUAGAGGGAAGUACAGGUGUGUGGUGAGCAGUCGAGAAACCAGCAAGCACAUCAUUAUAGUCACGGUGGAAGCCCCUAUCACUUCAGUGAGUCUAGAGACGACAGGUCUCAGUGGCUUUGAGGAAGUCAGAUGCUCCAGCCGAAACAUCUACCCUGCCCCCCGUAUAACCCUGUUCACAGAGCCAAUCGCUCAGCCGGACGCCCUUCACCCCUACACGCGCAAAACUGCAGACCCACGAGGCCUGUACACGGUGGAGAGCAAACUCCUGAAGCUGGAGGACCUGACCUACAUCUGCCUCAUCCAAUCCUUCUACAGGUCUCAGACAUGGAGGACAUCACUGCAGGAGAAAGAAAUAUUCAGCGUGGAAGGUCAAGACUUGAUCAUACCUUGUGUGGCCCCAUGGAGCCUGCAGAACUUCACAGUGACGUGGUCCUUCACCAGAGAAUACAAGUCCUCGACCUUCUUCACCUAUGACAGUCUCACACAGCUGAGCUCCAGUGUUUGGCAGGAGAAGGUGCGGCUGGUGAUCCCCGGGGGUGCAGGUGGAGACGGAUCACUGUGGCUCCACAGCCCGCUCAGAAUGGAGCACAUGGGGACAUACACCUGCAUAAUCUCUGCUCCACAAACUAAACAUCAGGUCCAAACUAGGCUCAACAUCAUUCCAAUGACCGAAAAGAGGCUGUCCAAGAGCGCCAACCAGUGGUGGAUUCCUGCCACUGUCAUUACAGUCACUGCACUCGCAGCAAUCGUCAUAGGAAUUAUUAAAUCUAAAGCUGGCUGUUCAAAGUCCAGUCAAAGCCACGUGGAGGCUGCAGAAAUGCAACCAAUCAGAGUGAACACCGUAGCUGAAACUGAGGACAUCUGCUUAACAGAAGAGAUCACAAACAGACAUACAUGAGAAUUAAUGGGUGG